GGAGUGACGGGAGAGAGAGGGAGAGAGAGAGACACUGAGUACAUAUCUGAUCCACACGGAGAGCUUCCCUUUACACACACACACACACACACACAAAAAUCACUCCUCCACUGAAGACACAACAGCUGGAUCGCAAUGCGCCCUCGUGCCCACGACCAAUUAAGAGCGAGCAGGAAAUUACUGUCUUUAAGGAUCCGGAUACGCGCUGACUUGUCUCCUCUUCAAGCUCCCGAGAGUCACCUUUAGAUUUCUUCCAGUUGUCUUUUAAGAUUUCUUAACGCGGCGUUUCUGUGGAUUCUAGGAAGGUGGCUGGAGCUGGAGCUGGAGCUGGAGCUGGAGGACGGAGUGCGUCAAGCGAGCGCACAAAUCCAACAAGUGGAUGCAUGAAAUUUGCUCGCAGCACAGAAUUCCCGGGACUAGAGACACACGCAGGCGGUGGAUUCAUUAGGCUACAGUUUUUGUACAAAAGAGACAAACACGCUGCAUUAAGUGGCUCAGAUGUGGAGCUCGUCUGAGCUGAUGGCGAUGUACAUGUGUGCGCAUUUCAUCGGCUUUAGGUAGUGUCCCUUUUUUUAAUUUUAUUUUUUAAAUUUCAUUUUAUUUUUUUUUUAUUUUAGCGACUCUCUGUGUUACUAAACAUAUCACACAACUACCUGCGAUGAGGUAAGACACCGACCACAUCUUUUCGCGCUCCAUUCAUUGACCAAAGGGGAAGAUUGAGGCGGACACUCUGCGGAAUCCACCGUCUCCCAACUCACCCCUCUCCUCCCAUUCAUGCACUCGCUUCUCCGUUCCCUCGGCGACCGUGGGGGGAAGUUGGGAUCCUCUCUGUAGACAAUUCUGUAUGACCAGGGGCCAGGUGGCAACCAGAGGUCGCAGUCAUGCCGAUGCAUCCAGUCACCUCCACCUUGAUGUACAGGGGGAUCUGCACCAUCCCUGACAUCCUCUCCUACAGGGCGCCGGUGAACCUGCCAGAAGACGAGGUUGAAGAGAUCCGCGAGGCCUUCAAAGUGUUCGACCGCGAUGGGAACGGUUUCAUUUCGAAGCAGGAGCUGGGCAUGGCCAUGCGCUCCCUGGGCUACAUGCCAAAUGAGGUGGAGCUGGAAGUCAUCAUCCAGAGACUGGACAUGGACGGUGAUGGCCAGGUGGACUUUGAGGAGUUUGUCACUCUUCUCGGUCCUAAGCUGACAGCAGCCGGGCUGCCAGACAAGUUCAGCGGCACUGACUUUGACUCAGUUUUCUGGAAGUGUGACAUGCAGAAGCUGACGGUGGAGGAGCUGAAGAGGCUUCUGUACGACACCUUCUGUGACCAUCUGUCCAUGAAGGACAUCGAGAACAUCAUCAUGACCGAGGAGAACCACAUAGAGAACCCUGAGGAAUGCCAGGUGGAUAUAGACAGUUCCAGCCCGACGCAGCAGGUCAAGCAAACGUGCGUGCGCAAGAGCCUGAUAUGCGCCUUCGCCAUCGCUUUCAUCAUCAGCGUCAUGCUCAUCGCAGCCAAUCAGGUGCUGCGAAGCGGCAUGAAGUAGGAUCCGUGGCGCGCGCCAGCCUUGACCACCACCUAAAGGCUACCGUACGGAUAAAAGACAGGGGACGUGAAGCUCAGAGACAAAUACAAAACAGACAAUCGCGUGGCUGCAAAACAUGUGACUGCGGCAAGAACUGCAGCGCUGGAGUCAGCGAGGACGCUACAUGUGCACGAACUUGUCCUGGUGGCAAAGACGUGCAGACAACUCACACGAGGACAACGGGACUUUACCCACAAAGAGAGAGCGGUGUGUUCAGAGUGGACGGCUGACUACACAUAUCACUCUUCGUAAUAAAACGUUUAGUAUUCAUUAGCGGUUGUGCAUAUGAGCAGUGUUGCGUUCAGUCUGGUGGCAGCUAUAGAGAGAAGUGUAGUGACUGUUCAGUUCUGUAAUUGUCCCGUGUACGAUGUGGUUUAUUAUAAACAACAACUAGAGAGAAUCUGUGAAAUAUUGUCGGGACGUCGGAGGGACUGUGUUACCGAGGCUGGAAAGUGUUAUUCUGCGCGAGGUCUGGAGCGCACGGUGCACGCGGCGCGAGAUUGUUCCGAGACCGCUCGGGAAUAACAAUAGGUUGGUAAGAAACAGAGAUAAUAGGGAGGGUUUGCGGGGAGUCGGAUGUGGCUGCGGGGAGGGUUUCAGUCAUUCUCAGGCUGCAGACCUUCAGGCUGAGCAGGAUGCGGCACGUUAACAGCUCUCUGGAGGAAGGUGCUGAGGUCUGAAUGGAUCGGUACGUGGCUGGAAAGUGGCUGGACGCGCAGUAAACACUUGACUCUCUUUCUCUCUCUCUCUCUCUGCGUCGCAGGCCUCAGAGGACGACCUUCAUCUAUGCAUGAAAUGCAUGGAUUUAAACUGUCGUCUUGACAUAUCUGUAAAGUUCUUAUCAGUGUGUUAAUCAUUAUGGCUGUGUAACAGAUCUGUUUUUCAACUACUUAAUGACAACUGUGAGCAUCUGUGUGUGGUGCAGGGUAUCAGCAAUCGCAACAAAAGUAAAGCAUACAGCUGCAUGAAAAAGAAGGGCUGCUUCAGUACAUGCUCGUGACAAAAAAAAAAAUGAAUAAAUAAAAACUAGCAGAAUCUUUAGAGGUUGCUAAGCUAGCUGUGCCUGGUCGGGCGCCUGAUCAUCAUCUCUCACUGCCACGGGGCAGCACUUCAACAAGAAUCAGCCAACUAUUUAAAGAAUAUGCAUUAAUACUGGUGUGGUCGGUAGCGGGGAAGCAAAUGUGCAGGAAUGUGUUUCGUUUUUUCUUUCGUCUGAAGGCGUUGCUGUAGAGCAAUAACUGUAUGUAGAGUCACAGUAGUUUGAACAGACAGAAAUCCCGGAGAUUGUCAGCACUGGUGGACCAAAUAAUUGUGGAAGUAAAAAAAAAAAAAAAAAAAAA